CACACAACACCAUGUACAAGAGGUGCAGAUCCCCUUUGAAACGGGUCCCAGGGGUAAGUGUAACACACCCACACAACACCAUGUACAAGAGGUGCAGAUCCCCCUUGACACCGGCCUCAAGGGUAAGUGUAACACACCCACACAACACCAUGUACAAGAGGUGCAGAUCCCCUUUGACACGGGUCUCAGGGGUAAGUGUAACACACCCACACAACACCAUGUACAAGAGGUGCAGAUCCCCCUUGACACGGGUCUCAAGGGUAAGUGUAACACACCCACACAACACCAUGUACAAGAGGUGCAGAUCCCCUUUGACACGGGUCUCAGGGGUAAGUGUAACACACCCACACGACACCAUGUACAAGAGGUGCAGAUCCCCUUUGACACGGGUCUCAGGGGUAAGUGUCACACACCCACACAACACCAUGUACAAGAGGUGCAGAUCCCCUUUGACACGGGUCUCAGGGGUAAGUGUAACACACCCUCACAACACCAUGUACAAGAGCUGCAGAUCCCCCAUUGACACCGGCCUCAAGGGUAAGUGUAACACACCCACACAACACCAUGUACAAGAGGUGCAGAUCCUCUUUGACACGGUUCUCAGGGGUAAGUGUAACACACCCACACAACACCACGUACAAGAGGUGCAGAUCCCCUUUGACACGGGUCUCAGGGGUAAGUGUAACACACCCACACAACACCAUGUACAAGAGGUGCAGAUCCCCCUUGACACCGGCCUCAAGGGUAAGUGUAACACACCCACACAGCACCAUGUACAAGAGGUGCAGAUCCCCCUUGACACCGGCCUCAAGGGUAAGUGUAACACACCCACACAACACCAUGUACAAGAGGUGCAGAUCCCCCUUGACACGGGUCUCAGGGAAAUCGCACUGUACUCGCCCCAGUCUGUUCAGGGCUCCGACAAUAUCUACGACUACAUCGAACCCAGCAGUUACAUCAUCGCCGACUGGGAAGGGAAGGCAGACACAGACACCCGUCCUGUCACAAGGGUGACCACCAGGAAACCUCCCAAACCCCCAAAACCCCUGCCACAAAAGGAGACAGACAGCAAACCUCCUCAGCUACCAAGGAGAUCGGAGCUAAAAACAGUGAGACGCCAUUCCGAAGACGCAGGCGCCGUGUCGAACCAGUACGUGAACGACAUUGGGAGGGCCAUCGUUAGUCCCUUCAGUGCGCUGGCAAAAGCUGCAGCUGAAAAGGCAAGCAAGGGGGAGUACAAGCUGGACAAGGCCGUCAGCCAAGCUCAGUUCGCAGAAUAUGCUGAUCUGGAGGAGAACAAACCCGUUGAGAAGCUGUCAAUCGAUGAAAUUGUUCAAAAACUGAAGGAACUGAAAUUGGACAAACACGCCAAAGCCUUCAGGGAGCAGGGGGUCGACGGACAGUUGGCACUGGAACUGGAUGACACGAUCUUAAAAGAGGACUUCAAAUUUAGCAAGUUCGAGAUUUUGAAGUUCAUGAAAUUUAUCCAGACAGGUCAUAUUCCUCACUAGGAUGUAUCUUUUAACAACGACUCAUGAACUAACAAGUGCUUCAGAAUGCAGAGCUGACGCAAAGUAACCCUGACAGCAUUACGGUGCCUCAUAGCACAUGUUGGAAAUACUGUCAUCACCCGUUUUGAACUAACAUCAGAGCGUUUGUCAUAUCCAUUCAUUGGAUAGCAAUGUUUAGAAAGUUAGAUUAGCAUGGCUUUUUCCAUUUUAUUGACUUGUAUUUUUAUGUUUUGCACAAAUAUAUAACCUGCUCAAUCUUGCUCAAGGAUGCCAAACGGAUGAAGUGAUAGGGACAUACUUCUGAACCUAAGGUAGUAUUAAUUGGAGAUGAGAACAUAGAUACGUACAACAUAUAUAGAAAUAGCGCUAUACAUUUUCUUCCAUUUAAAAAUGUGUCUUAAUUAAGCACUUUGGCUCAAUCUGGAGCGUAAAGAAACAAAAAAAACAUCGUGUCACCAAUUAAUCAAUGGAUUUCGGGAUAAAUAUAUAUAGUGAAAGGUGCCUAACGGGAAGAUGCUUCUUGAAAUACAUUACUCACGCGGAUUCUCCUGUUUAUGUUUUAUGAACGUAUUUUGAGUUGACGCAGAUUCUCCUGUUAAUGUUUUAUGAACGUAUUUUGAGUUGACAUUUUAUUUAUUUGUUGAAGUGUGCAUACUUUAGUCUACGUUCAUUGCAGUGAAGGUCAAACAUGUUGGAUUCAAUGGCUCUAUGGCAUCAUGUUCUAUGUCCUGUCCCCAGUGGCACCUGUCCUUCAGUCUGUAUACAAGCUGUGUACCACAAGACUAUGCACAAUACAAAUUCAAUGCAAUUCUUACCAGUUUGAUCAUAACAGGGUACUGUUUACAAACUGUUGUCUUUUUCAUAUCUAUGAUUCUUUAAUAAAUCGUGUUUGUGAUGACAAGAGGGCAUUCGAUGUAUUCAUGUUAGGAUUAUGGCAAUGUGCGUUGGUGAGAUGAACACAGUCUUAUACCAUUACAGCAAACACAAUCUCAUAAUUUCUACUGAAAACAUAUCUGUUAUGACAAAGCAAUAUAUAUGGCUAUACCCUCGUACCUUUACUUUGUACAUAACACAUGCACUGUGAAUACUUCUUGUAAUGUUAUGAAAGCUCAUGAACUGAUCACAACAUUUUCUUGUUAUUCGAAACAUUGUUUUUGACAAAUGUUGCUUACACGUGCGAGGACUGGCUGGGAAGGUCAGAGCCUCACUUUGAAAGACUUUCCCCGUGCAAAGUUGUAUCCCUUUCCAUGCAAGGAUCCGCUAAUCGGGGUUCGGAUAAAAACUUUCCCCGAUAAUGCUUCAUUUCUAUCAGCACUCGUGGUCGCACCUUGCCCAUCUCACAUACCCCGCGUUAUAUUCUCAAAACCAACAGAUUGUUUGCCGUAGGAUAUUCUAGUAUUUAUGUAUUUGAAGUAGAUUGUUCAAACUGGUUAUUGCCGUGGUCAGGACAAGCCUGUUGAAUGGUAUACGGCUUGACAGUGAGUGAGUGAGUGAAUGGGUUUACGCCGCAUUUAGCGAUAUUCCAGCAAUAUCACGGCGGGGGACACCAGAAAUGGGCUUCACACAUUGUACCCAUGUCGGGAUUCGAACCCGGGUCUUCGGCGUGACGAGCGAACGCUUUAACCACUAGGCUACCCGACCGCCCCCCGAUUGUAUCGAAGUGACAAGUGUAUUGAGAGACGAUCCAAAUACAGUAGAACCAGAUUAUAACGAGCAUGAACAUGACAUGCUGACAGCUGUAACUACACUAUUAAUAAAAUACCAUUUUUCUUUACUUUAAAA